GAUAAAGAUUUAGCAAAAAAACCUCGUCCUUGGAGAAUUAACCUUUUAUUAGAACUUGCACGAAAUAAUGUCAAGUAUCAAACUAUGAUAGACCUUUUUGAUAAUUUAGUUCCAGCAACACUCGAUGUCUAUGCAAUUUUGUUUUGUUCAGGUCAAUUUAGUGAAUAUGUAGAGGCAGUUUUCCGUAUUUGGACGUUUGCUUUAC